GGCUGUGCACACACAUACCGGUCUCACUCCGCGCGCUGGCUACGGAGCGGCUGCGAGGCCAUCUGUGGUCCAAGGCCUCACCCAUCUGGUCUGCAGCAGGAUGGGCCUUUCCCUCGCGGCCCCACUGUGGGGCUCCCCGGGGCUGCUUCUAACCAUCGCCCUGUACCCGGCUCUCACCCUGCACCCGGCUAAGGCCUCGGCACCCCCACACCGGGACUACUGCGUCCUGGGCGCCGGGCCCGCGGGCCUGCAGAUGGCCUACUUCCUGCAGCGGGCCGGGAGGGACUACGUGGUGUUCGAACGCACCCCGGGGCCAGGCAGCUUCUUCACCCGUUACCCGCGGCACCGCAAGCUCAUCAGCAUCAACAAGCGGUACACAGGCAGGGCCAACUCCGAGUUCAACCUCCGCCACGACUGGAACUCUCUGCUCAGCCACGACCCCCGGCUGCUCUUCAGACACUAUUCCCAGGCCUACUUCCCGGAUGCCAGCGAAAUGGUGCGCUACCUGGGCGACUUCGCAGACAGGCUGGGGCUCCACGUACUGUACAACACAACCAUUGCCCACGUCACUCUGGACAAGGAUCCACAGGCCUGGAACGGCCAUUACUUCAUCCUGACCGACCAGAAGGGUCAGGCAUACCAGUGCAGCGUCCUUCUUGUCGCCACCGGUUUGUCAGUCCCCAACCUGGUUGACUUCCCUGGCUCUGAAUAUGUGGAAGGUUACGAGUCCGUGUCCCUGGACCCCAAGGACUUCGAGGGUCAGAAUGUGCUGAUCCUGGGCCGUGGGAACUCUGCUUUUGAGACGGCAGAGAACAUCUUGGGUGUCACCAACUUCAUCCACAUGCUGAGCCGCUCCCGGGUCCGGCUUUCCUGGGCCACCCACUAUGUAGGCGACCUCAGGGCCAUCAACAAUGGCCUGCUGGACACCUACCAGCUGAAGUCGCUGGACGGCUUGCUGGAGUCCGACCUGACAGAUCUGGCCAUCGUGAAGGACCGCGAGGGCAAGUUCCACAUCACCCUAAAGUUCUACUUGGAGGAGGGCAACCAGAGCACCGAUGCCAUCGCCCUCCCCCAGGACGACAAUGACAAUUUUGCCAUGCGUGUGGCCUACGACCGGGUCAUCCGCUGCCUGGGCUGGAACUUCGACUUCUCCAUUUUCAACAAGUCCCUCAGACUCUCUUCAGGGGGUGAGUUCCGCAAGAAGUAUCCACUGGUCAGACCUAGCUACGAGUCCAAAGGAAGCCGGGGUCUUUUUGUCCUGGGUACCGCCAGCCACUCUGUGGACUACCGGAAGUCAGCCGGGGGCUUCAUCCAUGGAUUCAGAUAUACAGUGCGUGCUGUUCACCGGCUACUGGAGCAUCGCCACCACGGCAUCGCCUGGCCCUCCACAGAGCACCCCAUCACACAGCUGACCAGCUCCAUCCUCCGGCGCGUGAAUGAGGCUUCUGGGCUCUACCAGAUGUUCAGUGUACUGGCCGAUGUCGUCCUAGUGAAGGAGAACGCCGCAGCAUUUGAGUACCUGGAGGAGUUCCCCAUGCAGAUGCUGGCCCAGCUGGAGGCAAUCACAGGAAGGAAGGCCAGGCACGGGCUCUUCGUCAUCAGCAUGGAGUACGGCAGGAAUUUCUCCGGGCCCGACAAGGACGUCUUCUUCUAUGAUCGGUCCGUGGGGCACACGGAAGACGCCUGGCAGUCCAACUUCCUCCACCCUGUCGUCUACUACUACAGGCAUCUCCCCACCGAGCAGGAGGUCAGGUUCCGCCCCGCUGACUGGCCCCUGCCUCGGCCCACGGCUAUCCACCACAUCGUGGAAGACUUCUUGACAGACUGGACCGCCCCACUGGGCCACAUUCUACCUCUGCGGCGCUUUCUGGAGAACUGUUUGGACACUGAUUUGCGAAGCUUCUAUGCAGAGUCCUGUUUCCUGUUCACCCUAACACGCCAGAAGCUGCCGCCCUUUUGCCAGCUGGGGUAUCUGAGAACGCAGGGGCUGGUGGGAACCGAGAGCCUCCGGCAGCACAGAGUGGAGCGUGGGCUCCAGCAGGACUACGCCACUGCGGGCAAGCACAGGGAGGACAGUGGCCAGUGGCCUGGCUCCCAUGGGCCAGUAGGUCACCCCCAAAAUCCAGGGCCUCUGGUCCAGCCCCUCAACAGCAAUAAGGAAGAGCUGUGACAGCCAGGCCUCUCCCACCCAGGCCCACGUCAGCCCUCUUCCCCACGCGCCCCGACGUGAGACUGCUAAAGACCACUCAGGUCAUUGCAGUGACGGCACCGAAGCCACACACAGGGCAUGUAAGGGCUGAAGGGCGGCCACGCUGUGGUCUCCUCCCCUCCUGUUCAGUCCUUAGGUGGCCAGGAGGCGAGGUCCAGAGAAAGGCAGCCUCUGCCAGGUGAGAGCCACCUUCCACAGCCCAGCUUGCCCACAAGUGAACUGUCACCAAGCACCAGGCUGGCCUCAGUUCUGUGCCCAUCAAGUGCCCUGUGGUUCUUUUUCCUUCUGGUCUCCUCUUCAGAGGGGCCCAGAUCCCGCCCAUCCAUGGAGCAUUUCACAGGUAAAACCCAUCCUCAUCUUCAUAAGGGUUUGUGUCAGGCUCUUUAAAACAAGCUCUAAUAUCCUUGAUCGUAUAGAGCAGGUAGGACUAUCACCCGCAAUGAAGGCACCAGCUCAGAGAGGCUAGGUGACUCCCAGGGUCCCAGCCAGAAGUCCCUACUUGGUCCACUGCACCACAGCUGCUUCGCCCCGCCCCUCUCUGGUUUCAGAAAGGGGGCUGGGAGCUGGGCUAAUCCUCACAGGCCCAGAGGCUAUCAUCUGCCAGAUAGUCAUCUUAUCUGAGCAGGUUUCAGCCCUGAGCAAGGAUUCCCCAGACUGAACUGCCUGACUUAUCUUCUGUCUCUGUGCUCUUCUUUCCUCCUGCCCCCUGGCAUCCUGGACAACACCUGGCCUCUGGCCUGGCCCAUCAUGUUUGGUAAAACUGUCACCACGCGGUCUUUCAGUGGGCAUUCUUUUGGAGGUGAUUCACCCCGCUGUUUGAACAGAGCCCAGCUCAGCUUGUGCAGACAUUUUAUAAAUGCAUUUGUAUAAGGAUGAUGAA